UAUUUUCACAUUGCUUAUCUGUUGCCAAGGUGUUGACAACGCUAGACCCUCUUUUGGGCUUUUUGCAGCUGUUGCCUUCAUUUUUUGCUCAAUCUAGAAUGGAAAAGGAACCAACAUUCUUCGGCGUGCUGACAAAGGAUCUUAGCAAGCGUCCACUGCUGGCAAAUGUACUUCUGGGCUUCAUCCAAACGGGACUGGAGAAGCUGAUGGAGGUGGAGUUUCAGUGUCCUUGUGAACCUAUAUGGAACAAAUUCAUCUCAUCAGCAUUCUUUAUCCUUCCUGCCCUUUUCACCUUCAUAUUGAUGCUGAUCAUUCAAAUACGCGCAUCUAGCACGUGGUUCAAGAAGACCAUGUUUAGCUUCGGUCCUGCUAUUGUGUGGCUGAUUUUGUUGUUCUUCGAUGGCCGAUACUUUGCUUGUGCCAUGACAACCUGGAAGGGUAGAUAUGUAAAGAUCAAAGAAACAACUUCGCUGAAUUGGUGUGAGCCAACUGGAAAUGUAACCUCAUCAGAAAAACUGAUGAGCCGCUCACAGGAUUUCUAUGCUCUUUCUCAGUUUGUAGGCAUAAUCCUCUUCUGUUGCAUCAGUGUGGGUCUCAUAAUCAAUCAAGUAGUGAAAUGCAUUCAGGCUCAAGAUGUUACUCAGCCUGGAGCGGGUGUUCAGGCUCAAGCUCAGCCUGGAGGGAAUGCUCAGGCUCAAGUUGAGGGAAUGCUCAGGCUCAAGUUUUUACUCAGCCUGGAGGGAAUGCAGGCUCACGUUGUUACUCAGCCUGAAGGGAUUGCUCAGGCUCAAGGAAAUUUGCAGGUCAGUGACUCUAGUAUCAGCCAGACCAGCGGGGGACUUACACUACCCAACACAACUGCCACUCAAGACGAUACUCAGCAUGGAGAAAAUAUCGCACUCACUGAGGUCUGAGGGGGACUUACACCACCCAACACACCUGCCCUGCAGGCAUGGACACUUUGCAAAUACCCUCAAAAGACUUUACUAUGACUUUUCGUAACUGAACUGAACUUGAAAGUAUUUGCCCACCAGACAGAUUUGAAUUUAGUAUUGAAUGCCGGUCUGCUGGUUUGAGUUUCAGUACAUCAGCUAGAAACAAAGUCAGUUCUGCUCUCUCAGUUUUUACACACUUUUUUUAACACGGAAGUUUUCUUUGUGCCUUCUGUAUUAGCUAUAAUAAAACAAGUGGAAUUCACAAGUCAGCGAAUAUUGAUUGGAUCUACUAUUAUGUGACUUGUACAAUAGUUUGAGGUGUUUGUGCCAUUUAAGAAAAUGUUCCAUCAUUAUGAAUUCACUUCCCUUUCAAUUUUCAAUGUUUUUGUUUUCCCUCCUGGAUAGCAACUGUCUCCAGACUGAGCUGAUAUUCCUAAUGAUUUACCUUUUGGACAGCUAGAGAUGUGAAAACAUGUUCAUAAUGCUCUGUAUCAUGGCUGUAACCAGUUAAUAGUUGGAUGUACACAAACUAUGUAACAGGUUUUUUAGUCUUUAGUCUAUUUUUGUAUUGUUUUAUAAUUUAUUUAUUAAUUUUAAAAACUCAGUUUUUAUCAGUCACAUUAUAGUAGCAUUUAGUCACUAGAUAGUUUCUACAAUUCUCACAAACCUGCACUGUUAAAUAUGUCUUUGUUGGAGAAGAACUUAUCUGCACAUUUGGACUUUCUCAGAAACUGGGUGUGUGCAUCCUGUUCAUGCAGCUGGAAUCCAUUGUUUCAUUCCUUCUGUCAGGAUGCCUGGGUCACAUUUAAGAGAGGGUCAAGGGUGUUAUAUAGGACAUCUGUGUCUCAUACUAAAAUUCCUUUGUGCAGGGGGGGGUCUUCUGAAUGAACAACACAAACUUCUCUGAAUUGUAUAAAAGCAUUAAUUUCUGUACUUUCAGCUUGUAUUGAUGAUUUCUGGAUUCUUUAAGAUUAUUCCAUAUUCUAGUUGUUAAUAAACACUUAAU